AUGGGGACAGCUCCGCAGCGCUUAUACAGAGUGUCAUUGCUAAUUCGUAUACUGUUGACUGAAACCUGGCUUGAACCUCGUGUGAAAGGUGCAUCGAAAAGCUCCUUCAAGACAAAUAUCGGAGUCCCUCAAGGGGACAGUCUCUCUCCAGUGCUUUUCACCAUUUACCUGGAGGCUGCUCUCCGGGACCUACGACAGGAGCUGCCAUCUCGCCCUGCUGUGGACAAUGACCUGCCGCUGGAUAUCGCAUACGCGGACGAUGUUGAUUUUGUGAGCCGGGAUGAGAUGUUUCUCAGUGAAGUUGAACAACAAGCUCCAGCAGUUCUUGCGAGAUGGAACCUGAACGUUAAUCCCUCCAAGACAGAGCAUACCACCGUCGCCCGAUUUCCCGAUAGGAACCAAGAAACGUGGCGUACUGUCCACCAACUAGGCUCUCUCCUUGGUGACGCCGAAGAUGCUGCUCGGAGGCGUCAACUGGCCGCCGUCGCCUUCAACUCACUCCUCAAGAUCUGGACCCGGAGGCGCCAGAUCAGUGAAGGUCUUCGGCUGAGGCUCUACUACGCCUACGUCAUCCCAGUCCUUACCUACAACUGCGGCACUUGGGGCCUACCGAUGUCGGAGCUCAUCGACAUGCGGUACCCUAAACGAAUUAGUACUUUUUUGUAUUUAUAUCAUUAUCUCAUGGCACAUCAUGAUGACGGCCAAUAA